AUGGCUAAGAAGACUACUCCAAGAAAGAGCACUCCUUCCCGUUCUAAUUCCAAGAAAUCCACUCCUGUUAGUACACCAACGAAGCAAAAGAAACCAACAGUCAAAAAAACCGACGAUUCUGUCAUUCCAAAGGAUAGAGUAUUGAAUGCUGUUGAACAAUUAACCAAGUUUACCACCGAUCAAGCUGAAAACGAAUCUUCGAAGAAAAAUCUUCUAGAAGAUGACGAUGAGUUGAACAAAUCUUUGAAUUUAAUUGUCAUUAACAACAAAUCUUUCACUGAAUCCUCUAAACAAUUCAAACCUAAGCUGGUCGACGUCAAACAUUCCAUAUAUACCCCAUGGAAGGAAGCCAGUGUCACUUCCGUUAAGGACUUCAAGACUCUUUUGAUCUUAAAGGAUAAAGACGUUGAAAAAGUGACAGAAGAUGAGCUCUUCGACAAUUUGAAUAAAUCUAAAAUUUGUGUCGAUGAAAUCAUUUCAGGUAACGAUUUGAAAACCAAAUAUAAAUCAUUCGAAGCUAGAAGAAUCUUCAUCAAUCAAUUUCAAUUGAUUUUUGCCGAUGAUUCUAUCAUUACUACUCUACCAAAAUUAUUAGGUUCAAAAUCUUAUUCAAAAGUUGAAACCACUCCAAUCCCAAUAAGGACGUACAAUUCUUCAAAACAAUUUUCCGUUAAAACAAUCGUCAAUUCAAUUAAAAAAAUUUACUUGAAUAAAUUACCUAUAAAAUUACCAAGAGGUACCACUAUGAACGUCCAUUUAGGUAAUCUUGAAUGGUUCAAACCAAAUGAACUCAUGGAAAAUAUCGAAUCCGUUGCUGAACAAUUGAUCAAAAAUUAUAAGAUCAGAUCCAUCUUCAUCAAGAGUAAUCAAUCUCCUGUAUUACCGUUAUAUUACAAUCAAGAUACUUUGAGUGAACUAGCAGCCACCCUUGAUAAAUCUGAGGCUGGAAAAAAACCAGAGUCUGUUAAUAUCGAUGGUGUCGAAGUUCAAUUAUCUACUUUUGACAAGGCAUUAAUGGAACUAGCAAAUCCAAAUGAAUUAUCUAAUAUUUUCUCUAAACAAAUAAAGGAUGCUAAGAGACAGAGAUCAAAUGAAGAUGAAGAAACUAAGACUAUCAAGAAAGUCAAAAAUUAA